AUGGCAGUUUUGAGAAGUAGAGGAGACAUUGUCUUAGCAACGGCUUCAUCUGGUAUAGCUGCUACAUUAUUACCCGGUGGAAGAACUGCACACUCUCGAUUCAGAAUACCCUUCGAGAUAGAGCCAUCUUCCAGAUGCAAAAUGCCUAAGCAAGGCGACCUUGCGAAACUCAUGAAAAGGGCUACAUCAAUCAUUUGGGAUGAAGCCCCCAUGAUAAACAAGUAUUGUGUAGAAGCAUUAGAUCGAACACUACAAGAUGUUAUGGGUAGCAAUGCACCAUUUGGUGGGGAAGUGGUUAUUAUGGGGGGAGAUUUUCGUCAAGUGCUUCCAGUUAUUACAAAGGCAAACAAAUCGCAAAUGAUGAAUGCAUGCAUCGUUCGGUCUAAUUUAUGGGCCAUUACAAAGGUCCUACAUCUACGCCAAAAUAUGCGAUCAAUGCAUGAUCAUGAAUUUGCAGAAUUUCUUAUGCGAAUUGGAGAUGGCAACGAACCUACCAAAUCAGAUGAUAUGGUUAGGGUACCCAACGAAAUCGGAAUACAAUGGGAGGGAGAAAGUUCAAUACAUAAUCUCAUACAACAUACAUUUCCUCAUUUAGAAAACCAUGUUUGGGAUGCAUCUUAUAUGGUAGAAAGAGCCAUACUCACUCCAAAGAACCGUGAUGUGCAAAUGUUGAAUGACAUAAUUAUUGACCAGUUUCCUAGAGAAGAACAUAAUCUAAUGUCAUUUGACGAGGUUGAGGGUGACACGCAUAACUUAUAUCAACAGGAAUAUUUAAACACAAUUGCAACUGGAAGUUUACCACCACAUAUUUUAAAGCUAAAAAAGGGAGCUCCAUUGAUGUUGUUGCGCAACAUAGACCCCAAAUAUGGACUUUGUAACGGGACAAGACUUCUAUGUCGUGGUUUAUUCCGAAAUUUAUUGGAUGUCGAAAUACUAACAGGAAGCAACGCUGGAAAUAGAGCUUUCUUGCCCAGGAUUAAGCUUAAAACCGCUGAAGGUGCAUGA